AUGCCAUUAUAUCCAAUAGUUUUGUGGGCUCAAAAAAAAGAGUGCAUUUAUUUAACUAUAGAAUUACAAGAAAUAGAAAAUGUGAAGAUUGACCUUAAAGAAGACAAGUUAUAUUUCUUUGCCACGAAAGAUAAAAAUGAAUAUGAAUUUACUUUAAAUUUUUUAAAACCAAUAAAUGUUGAUGAAUCUAAAUAUAGUACAAAAAGAAAUAUAAAAUUUAAAAUAAUAAAAAAAGAAAAAGAAAGAUGGAAAACAAUAAAUAAUGAUGGAAAAAAACACUGGAUUAAAUGUGAUUGGAAUUCAUGGGUUGAUACUGAUGAAGAAAAUAAAACAACUGAAUAUGAUGACAUGGCAAUGAAUAGUUUCGGUGGAAUGGGAGGUAUGCCUGAUAUGAGUCAACUAGGAAAUAUGGGAGGAAUGGGAGACUUAGAUUUUAGUAAAUUAGGUAAUAUGGGUGGUGAUGAUAUGGCGAACUUUUCAGGAUUAGGUGGAAUGGAUCAAUUUAAAAAUAUGCCAAACAUGAAUAAUAUGAAUGAUGACGACUCUAGCUCAUAUGGUGAUGACUCAAGUGAAGAAGAUGACGAUGAUGAAGAAGAAGAUGAUGAUAUAGAUAAUAAAAAUACUGAAGAAGAAAAAAAAAAUGAAUGCAAUGAUUCUAAGUGUAAUAUUGAAAACGAAAAUAGAAAUGAUUCAGAAAAUAAAAUUCAAGAUCCCAUUGUUGAAGUUCAGGAACCUGUGGCUUAA